UGAAUGAGCACCAUUUCACAUCUACCAUGUUUUACAUAUUCUAAAACUAAAAUUUUUUGACAUUUUCUUUCAUAUUUUAUUUCUGUAAUUUGUAAGUUGUAAUUCGAUCGACUUCUUUCGUGACAGACUCAUUCAGCAGCCACGAAAUUCGAACAUACCCACCGUUAUCUCUCUCUUUCAAUCACCAAGCAAUAAGCAUAAGUUUCACACUUUUAGGUUUCAUAUGAUCAUAUUCAUCUAUGGUAUAUGAUAGUUAGGUAUUUCAUUUUCACUUCUCAUGAACAAGAUUCACUAGUGUGUAUAGAAUACAGAUGGCCGGACCGACUCGAAACGACGGUGAAUCGUCGGAGGCGGUGGGGAUUCCGACCGGUUUGAAUCGAAUUAAGACUCGUAUUACGUCUUCUUCCAACGAUAACAAUCAGCUCAGCUCUAGUAAUUUCCAUAGUAAGUCUAUAGCUAGUCGUUUCAAGCAGAAUCAUCAGAGGUCUUUUUCCAAAGGAUUCGUGAAGCUUCAUUCUUCUAAAGAAGGAUUCCGCAAAGGGAAAAAAAUUGCUCGAUGGUUGACAUCUCAUCUUUCCAAGGAUUCUGAUAGAGCUCUUAGAGAUAAGCCUCCUGAAACUGAGAAAAGACAACAUGAGGUCAAGGCAUUCGAUAAGGAAGCUGUUUCAAGUAAACAACAGAAGGUAAGAAGAUCCACAUUUGGAAAGCAAACUGAAGCAGGAAACAUAGAUAAAAUGCCAGAAGUCAUGAAAAGCUUUUCACAUGAACUCGGGCCUAAAGGUGGCAUUAGACCUUUAUACACACGAUCUCAUAGCUUUAGUGAUUUGAAGGAACUUUUGGGAUCAUUGAGGUCAAACUUCAAUGCUGCAAAAGAUUUGGUAAACACAGAGCUAUCAUGCUUCAAAGGGGAGGUGAUUGAGGUAUCACAAAAGUCAGAAACAUUAUCUUUAGAAGAUCAAAGAUCAAUUCAACACCUUCUCAUUCUUUCUAAAGAAUGUAUAGAGAUGUCAUGCCAAGACUUUCGCACCAAAUGUGAAGCCAUUGUUCAAGAUUUAACAAAAAAGAGGCAAGAUUGCCAAACAGGCCCAUUGAAAUGGCUUUUUACACGGAUGCUUUUUAUACUAACACGCUGCACAAGGUUGUUGCAUUUUGAGAAACACAGUGAGCAUAUUGAUGAGGUGUCCCUUCUUAAAAUGAAAGAAUGUUUAGAAAAGAUUCCUUCGUAUGAAAUGAGCCGGAUUUUAAAGUUAGGAAUCGUUGAUUCCCAUUCCGGUGAUGGUUUGAAUAAUAAGUUAUUGGAUAAUGAAAAAAAAUUACAUACACAAAAGGAGGAUUCAACAGAGAGAUGGCCACAAUCUGAAGAUUCGGGCGAUUUAGUAAUUUGUCGGAUAUGUGAAGAAUAUGUUCCAGCUUCACAUUUGGAGUCUCAUUCUUAUAUAUGCGCAUAUGCAGAAAAAUGUGAUAUAAAAGGUUCAGAUGUAAAUGAAAGCCUUUUAGGAUUAUCAGAGAUACUUGAUCAAAUCAUCAUAUCGUGCACUCCUGUAGAUGAUAGCCCUCAAAAUUCACAAUUUCAAAAUUUAGAUGGUUGCUCUCCUAAAAUGAGUGAGUGGAGAAAUAAAGGGGUUGAAGGAAUGUUUGAGGAUCUUCAUGAAAUGGACACUGCAUGCAUAGAAGAUUCAACCCCUGGUAACUUUGUAAAUCUCAAAGGGUUUCCAGGUGUGAAAAGUCUAAAUGGCCCUCCCUCAUCCACAGGAAGCAUGACAUCAGCAUCUUCCACACCAAAAGCUGCAAACUUUGACUUCUUCUGGUUAGAGCUUAACCAUCCUUCCGAGUUAGAGGAUGUGCAACAGAUGACAGAUCUUAGGGACAUUGCUCAUUCUGCAGCAGAGACAGAUCUCAUGGAAGAAAGUUCACAUGAGGUCUUGCUUACUUGUAUGGAAGACUUGCAAGAUGUUUUACAACAUAGCAAGUUAAAAGCACUUGUUAUUGAUACAUUUGGUCAUCGAAUAGAAAAACUCAUUAGAGAGAAAUACAUAAUUGCAUGUGACUUAGAGAAUUCAAAUAGACGUAUGAGUGAUGUUGUGGACACUGCAUCUCCAAGUAGUUCAGUUUCAACUCCUUCACAUUCUCAUAAAGAGAGAACAAGCAUUGAGGAUUUUGAGAUUAUUAAACCAAUAAGUAGAGGAGCUUAUGGGAAAGUAUUUCUUGCACGUAAAAGAACAACUGGUGAUUUAUUUGCUAUAAAGAUUCUCAAGAAAAUGGACAUGCUAAGAAAAAAUGACAUUGAAAGGAUAGUUGCUGAACGUAAUAUAUUAAUCACAGUUCGAAACCCAUUUGUGGUUAGGUUUUUCUAUUCAUUUACAAGUAGAGAUAAUCUUUAUUUAGUGAUGGAGUAUCUAAAUGGAGGUGAUCUGUUCUCUUUGCUAAGGAAUGUUGGUUGCCUUGAAGAAGAUAUAGCACGCAUUUACAUUGCAGAACUGGUUCUUGCUCUUGAAUACCUUCAUUCACUAGGCAUUGUUCAUCGAGAUCUUAAACCUGACAAUAUAUUGAUUGCACAUGAUGGUCAUAUCAAGCUUACAGAUUUUGGGCUGUCUAAAAUUGGUCUAAUAAACAGUACGGAUGAUUUGACGAGACCAGAGUCAAAGGGUGUUAUUGUUUCAGAUGGUCAAAGCGUUGACCAUGAAUGGAGUAGUAUUGAUAGAAGGGGGCAAUCAGCUGCUGUUGGCACACCUGAUUAUUUGGCCCCUGAAAUACUUCUUGGAACUGAACAUGGCUAUGCUGCUGACUGGUGGUCUGUUGGUGUUAUUUUAUUUGAAUUAUUAACAGGAACCCCACCUUUUAAUUCAGAUCAUCCAGAGAGAAUAUUCAACAACAUUCUUAAUGCAAAAAUCCCAUGGCCUUCUGUUCCAGAUCAGAUGUCGUAUGAAGCCCAAGACCUGAUUAACAGGUUUCUUAUUCAUGACCCUAAUCAGCGUCUAGGAGCACACGGAUCAUCAGAGGUAAAAGCACAUCCGUUCUUUAAUGGUGUAAACUGGGAUACACUUGCCAUGCAGAAGGUUGCUUUUAUACCACAACCAGAUGGCAUAGAUGAUACGAGUUAUUUUAUUUCAAGACAUAGUUGUAGUUCAACUGGAACACCUGAUGAUCAAGACUGUAGUGAUGCAGCUUCAGACACUACUGAAUUCUGUUCAGACACUAGAGAGGUACACAUUUAUUUUCUUUUUAUUUAUUUAUUUAUACUAAAUAUUUUUCGUAGACAUUUAUCUUUAUAUAUUUUUUUUCAGAAGAUGGAUGUAUGUGGAGAUCUUGCAGAGUUCGAAGCACCUCCUGAUGAUGAUCUUUCAUGGAUAAAUUUCUCUUUCAAGAACUUAUCGCAAUUGGCAUCAAUUAAUCAUGAAGUGCUUCAACAAAACAGCAAGGAUGUGUCAAGAUGUUCAUCUCCACAAAAUGCUCCAACCUCAUAGAUUCUUGUAUAUGCUUUCCUUUAGUAGAAAGCAUACGUUGUUUAAAGUUGUCAUCACUACCAUAAAUGCCCUUCGAGUGUAAGAUUUCUCCUUCCUUUUUCCUCAUCGAGUGAGGGCAAUAUUGGAAAUUCAAUGUAGCUACAAAGUUAACUUCCAACACCAUAUGGAAAAAAGCAAUAUUUGAAGUUAA